AUGAGUUCUAGAUUGGCAGAAACUGUGGCUAAAGUUGCCAUCCCCUUGGGUAUAGUUGCAAGUGGUAUACAGUACUCUAUGUACGAUGUUAGAGGUGGUUCCCGUGCUGUGAUCUUUGAUCGUCUUUCAGGUGUUCAACAGGAAGUAGUGGGUGAGGGUACCCAUUUCUUAGUCCCAUGGUUACAAAAGGCUGUUAUUUAUGAUGUUCGUACUAAACCCAAGAGUAUUGCCACUAAUACUGGGACCAAAGAUAUGCAAAUGGUUUCAUUAACGUUGCGUGUUUUACACAGACCACAAGUUUUACAACUACCACAUAUCUAUCAGAAUUUAGGGUUAGAUUACGAUGAAAGGGUUUUACCUUCGAUUGGUAAUGAAGUUCUUAAAGCUAUUGUAGCCCGUUAUGAUGCCGCUGAAUUAAUUACUCAACGUGAAUUGGUCUCUAAUACAAUCAGAGAUGAGUUAUCAAACCGUGCAUCUGAAUUUAGUAUUCGUUUAGAGGAUGUUUCUAUUACCCAUAUGACUUUUGGUCCUGAAUUUACCAAGGCCGUUGAACUAAAACAAAUUGCUCAGCAAGAUGCCGAGAGGGCAAAAUUCCUGGUUGAAAAAGCCGAGCAAAUUCGUAAGGUAUCGGUUAUUAGAGCUGAAGGUGAAGCAGAAGCAGCUGAAUCCAUUUCAAAGGCAUUAGCAAAAGCUGGUGACGGUCUUCUACUAAUUAGAAGAUUGGAAGCCUCCAAGGAUAUCGCUCAAACUUUAGCCAACUCUUCAAACGUUACUUACUUGCCAAGUCAACAAUCUGGUGGUGGUCAAGAAGGUACCUCUCAAUCUCUUUUGUUAAACUUGGGUCGUACGUAA